AUGAGGGUGGCGGCACUUCUGCUGUGGCUGGGGCUGGCGGCGGGCGAGCAGGUGCGGGAGCUGGAGGUGAGCGAGGGCGCCCCGGCCGGGACGAGGGUCGGCUUCAUCGGCGACGGCCUCUCCAGCCCGCCCUUCCUCAUCGUUCCCGUCCCCGGCUCCGCUGUAGAGUCCGACCUCACCAUCGAAUCCAAUACCGGCGAGAUACAAACCAAGGUCAAGCUCGACAGGGAGAACCGAUCCUCCUAUUCUUUAGUCGCCAUACCCAGAAGUGGAGAGAACAUCCGUGUUGUCGUUCGCGUCCUAGACGAGAACGACAACGCUCCCACAUUCCCUUCCCCUAUCAUGGAGAUCGAGUUUCCCGAGAACACCCCUAGAGAUGUGAAGAGGACACUGAAUCCGGCCAGAGACCUGGACCUCGACGUGUUCAACACCCAGAGGUACACAAUCGUUUCCGGUAACGUCAACAAUGCAUUCCGCCUCUCUUCACAUAGGGAAAGGGACGGAGUUCUUUACCUCGAUCUUCAGAUCAACGGUUUCCUCGACAGGGAGACUACACCUGAAUACAGCCUUGUUAUAGAGGCUCUCGAUGGAGGCAAUCCACCCUUGAAGGGCUCGAUGACCGUCAAUAUUACCAUUCAAGAUGUGAACGAUAAUCAGCCCAUAUUUAACCAAAGCAGAUAUUUUGCGACUGUUCCAGAAAACGCUACAGUAGGUACGAGUGUUUUACAAGUUUUCGCUACAGACACUGACGCAGGUGAGAAUGGACAGAUUGAAUAUUCGAUAAACAGGCGGCAAAGUGAUCGCGAUGCCAUGUUCCGUAUAGAUCCGAAAAGUGGACUGAUAGCUGUGAACCGACCGUUGGAUUUCGAAACGAAAGAAGUGCAUGAAUUAGUUGUGACUGCGCGUGAUCAUGGGAUGCAAGCUUUGGAGACGACAGCAUUCGUUUCCAUCAGAGUGACGGAUGUGAACGACAAUCAGCCUACGAUCGAUGUAAUUUUCUUGAGUGAUGACGCUACACCAAAGAUAUCUGAGACUGCUCAAAAGGGAGAGUUCGUAGCUAGGAUUUCUGUGAACGAUCCCGAUUCUAAGACAGAGUAUUCGAAUGUCAACGUCACUUUGGAAGGUGGAGAAGGACAUUUCGGCCUUGCAACGCAGGACAAUAUCAUCUACCUCGUCAUUGUAUCGAUGCCAAUCGACAGGGAGCUGAAGCCCAAUUAUACGCUGAGCGUUAUCGCCACCGACACCGGCACCCCUCCGCUCCACGCCUCCCGAACAUUCCAUCUCCGAGUCACUGACGUCAAUGACAACCCUCCAGAAUUCAGUGAAUCUGUCUAUCAUGCUAAUGUACUGGAAGUGGCGGAUCCGGGAACAUCUGUGGUCCAGAUCACAGCCGUGGACCGAGACGAAGGUGUGAAUUCAAUACUCAGCUAUUCCUUGAUGGAAAGUAACUCGGGUCGACCAGCCUGGUUUCAAAUUGACUCCAUGUCCGGUCUCAUCACGACCAAGGCUCAUAUCGAUUGCGAGAUUGAUCCUGAACCCAAAGUAAUCGUGGUCGCCACUGACCAAGGUUCUCCCCCGUUGUCCUCAUCCGCAACCGUACUAGUCACUAUUCACGAUGUCAACGACAACGAGCCCAUCUUCGACCAGAGCUUCUACAACGCAACCAUUCCUGAGAAUGAGGCUAAAGGACACUGCAUUCUUAAGGUGAGUCUUUAG